AUGGUUCAUCUGUCCGCUAGCUCUCUGCUAUUGGCGGCUGGUAUCCUACCAAAUCUCGCAUUGGGAGCUGGAUUGGAUACUGCUGCGGUAGCUCUUGGCAAGCUCUAUUUCGGAACUGCCACUGAUAACCCCGAAUUGACGGACACUGCCUAUGUCACGCAGCUCAACAACACAAAUGACUUUGGUCAAAUCACCCCUGGUAACUCACAAAAGUGGGAUGCAACGGAGCCAACCCAAAAUACCUUCACAUUCACCAACGGAGACACCAUUGCCAAGCUGGCUGAGGCGAAUGGCCAGAAGCUGCGAUGCCACAAUCUUGUGUGGCACAACCAGCUUCCAAGCUGGGUCACCAGCGGCACCUGGACGAAUGCGACGCUGGUUGCAGCUUUGAAGAACCACAUUACCAACGUCGUCACCCAUUAUAAAGGGCAAUGCUACGCAUGGGACGUCGUGAAUGAAGCUCUCAAUGAGGACGGAACGUAUCGCACGAGUCUGUGGUACGAGACCAUCGGCGAAGCUUAUCUCCCAAUUGCAUUCGCAACCGCCGCCGCCGCGGACCCAGAUGUCAAGCUCUACUACAACGACUACAACAUCGAGUACUCCGGCUCCAAGGCCACCGCCGCAGCCAACAUUGUCAAGUUGAUUCAAUCCUACGGAGUCAAGAUCGACGGAGUCGGUCUGCAAGCUCACUUCAUCGUCGGCAGCACCCCUAGCAAGAGCAACCAGGCCAGCACGAUGGCCACCUACACAGCUCUGGGCGUGGAAGUUGCCAUUACCGAGCUCGAUAUCCGAAUGACGCUCCCAUCCACCGAUGCUCUGCUUGCCCAGCAGUCGACCGACUACAGCAACACCGUCGGCGCCUGUGUUGAGACUGAGGGCUGCGUGGGUGUCACCAUCUGGGAUUGGACUGACAAGUACUCCUGGGUUCCAAGCACUUUCUCGGGACAAGGUGCUGCUUGCCCUUGGGAUGAGAACUACGCCAAGAAGCCUGCGUACACUGGCAUUCUGACUGCUCUGGGAGGUACGGCUACCGCUACGUCGACGACUACUUCCGCGACUGGUGGAAGCACUACCAGCACCACCACCACUUCUUCUAGCACCAGCACGUCUACGGGCGUUGCGGCGCAUUGGGGUCAGUGUGGUGGCUCGGGAUGGACUGGUCCUACCGUUUGUGCCACUGGAUAUACCUGCACCUACUCCAAUGCCUGGUACUCGCAGUGUCUUUAG